AUAAAAUAAGUUUAUCAAUGGAGGUUCAAAUCAUCAGUUCAAUAUGCAUUCGAUAAAUAUUUCGUGUUUGAAUUUAUACAGUUCGAUUGUCGUUCUUUUAAAAGCGGUUCGGUGAAUUGUGCUAAAAAUAAUGACGGAGUUAAUUCAGAAUAACGAGGAGAUAUUGUAUAAGCAGAUAAGGGUUGAGUUUAAAAAGUCUAGGAAGGAGGUGGAGGAGUAUAUUGAGAUAUUAGGGAGGUGGGCCGAGACGCAACCUCAUUUUCCAGAAAAGCCAAGCUACAAAACCCUACGAUUCGCCGUCCUCUACAAUAAAUUCAGCAUAGAGAGAGCCAAACAAAAGCUAGACAUGUAUUACACAGUACGAAACCUGAUGCCAGAACUCUUCGCCAUGACCCCAUUCACUCCAGAAAUGCUUCUCCAGAAUAAAAUUUGGUGUUUAGUGCCAUUGCCAAAAGUCCUGGACGACCAUUCGAGGAUAAUUUACCACCGAUUGAAUCCAGGCUAUGAUGAUCCGAAACAUUUUAACCACGAAAGGACUCUAGUCCAACUAAUUCAUGUUAUGGAGAUAUUGAUAGAGGAAGAUUUGUCGUUUAAUUUCCAUUACGUUUGUGAUCAUAGUGAUCUCAAGUUGGGACAUGCUACCAAGUUAAGUCCAAUGGCUGUGAAGAAGGGAACAGUUAUUUUAGAGAAAGUGUUUUCCAAUAGGAUGGCCUCGUUUUACAUGGUGAAUUUUCCAACAUUUAUGGAGACAGUGGUCAAUAAUAUGCUUAAGCCUUUGCUGAAGCCUAAAAUAAAAAAGAGGCUUGAAGUUCAUUCUGGAACCGAGGCCUUAUUUCAAAGGUUUGGCAAGGAGAGGCUGCCAAAAGACAUUGGUGGUGAUGAGAAAUCUUUGAAAGAGUUACAAGACAUGACGUUCGAACUGAUCCAGAACGAUGAGGAAAAGUAUAAGAAGCAGAUGCAAAAGGAGUUCAAUAAAAGCCUAAAGGAUAUGGAUGAAUAUAUUGACAUUUUAAGAAAAUGGGCAGAAACUCAACCGCAUUUUCCAGAAAAACCUUCUUAUAAAGUUCUUCGUUUCGUGCUACUUUACAAUAAAUUUAGCAUAGAAAAGGCCAAACAAAAGCUGGAUAUGUACUAUACGGUGCGAAACCUUAUGCCAGAGAUAUUCACCGUAACCCCGUUCGCUCCAGAGAUGGCUAUGCAAAAUAAAGUUUGGUGGCUUAUUCCGCUGCCUAAGAUAAUGGACGAUCAUUCCAGGAUACUUUAUCACCGAUUGAAUCCAGAAUAUACCAAUCCAAAAUAUUUUGUUCACGAGAGGAUUAUCAUUCAGUUUACGCAUUUGCUAGAAAUACUGAUUCAGGAGGAUUUGUCUUCGAACUUUCAUUAUAUUUUUGAUUGUACGGGUCUUAUUGGUGGACAUUCGACCAAUCUGAGACCGAUGGUCAUUAAAAAAGCAUCCACUGUUUUAGAGAAAGUAUUUUCUAACAGGAUGGCAUCAUUCUAUAUGGUAAACUUCCCUUCCUGGAUGGAAACUAUUGCCAACACAUUAAUUAAGCCGCUAUUAAAUCCUAAGAUUCGCGAUAGGCUUCAAAUACAUACUGGAAAUGAGGCUCUAUUUGAGAAGUUUGGAAAAGACAGAUUACCUAAAGAUAUCGGGGGAAAUGAAAAGCCUAUGGUGGAGUUACAAGAAUUGUUUUUGCAAAAAUAUGAAAAGCACAAGGAUAGGUUCAUGGAAUUAUCGAAAAUGACCGUGGAUGAAUCCCUUCGACCCGAAAAAUUGAAAAACGACGACGUUCUAGGAUAUUAUGGAAAUUUUAAAAAGUUAAACUUAAUAGAAAUGACGUUCGAACUGAUCCAGAACGAUGAGGAAAAGUAUAAGAACUAUAUCAAAACAGAGUUCAAUAAAAGCCUGGAGGAACUGGAUGAGUAUAUUGACAUUUUAGGAAAAUGGGCAGAAACUCAACCACAUUUACCAGAAAAACCUCCUUACCAAAUUCUUCGUUUCCUGCUACUUUACAAUAAAUUGAGCAUAGAAAAAGCCAAACAAAGGCUGGAUAUGUAUUAUACGGUGCGCAACUUUAUGCCAGAAGUAUUUGCCGUAACCCCGUUCGUUCCAGACAUGGUUUUGCAAAAUAAAGUUUGGUGUCUAGUGCCGCUGCCUAAAGUAAUGGACGACCAUUCCAGGAUACUUUAUCACCGAUUGAUUCCAGAAUAUGCCGAUCCAAAAUAUUUUGUUCACGAGAGGGUUAUCAUUCAGUUUUACCAUUUAAUAGAAAUACUGAUUGAGGAGGAUUUGUCUUCGAAGUUUCAUUACAUUUUCGAUUGUAAGGGCCUUGUUGCCGGACAUUCGACGAAUAUAAGACCGAUGGUCAUUAAAAAAGCGUCGACUAUUAUGGAGAAAGUAUUUUCUAGCAGAAUCUCAUCGUUCUACAUGAUAAACUUCCCUUCCUGGAUGGAGACUAUUGCCAAUACAAUAAUUAAGCCGAUGUUAAAUCCCAAGAUUCGUGAUAGGCUUCAAAUACAGAGUGGUACUGAGGUUCUAUUUGAGAAGUUUGGAAAAGACAGACUACCCAAAGAUGUUGGGGGAAAUGAAAAGUCCGCAGUGGAGUUACAAGAAUUGUUUGUACAAAAGUAUGAAAAGCAUAAGGAGAGGUUGUUAAAAUUAACGAGUAUGACCGUGGACGAAACCGUUCGGCCUGAAAAACUUAUUAACGACGACAUUCUGGGUUAUUAUGGAAAUUUUAAGAAGUUAAAUUUAGACUAAAUUGUAAAUGGUUCAUGAUAAAAUACAAUUGAGUUUUAGUUGA